GCGGGCCCUGGAGCUCGUACUAGGCUGCCUCCUGAACGCGGGCGGGCCGAUGCGGAGAGCAGCGUGGUCCAUCCUGAGACUGACUGACACCCGCCGAGGAAAAAGUUACUCUUGAGUUCGCAGACACACUGCCAACAUGUCUGGAGAUGACGAUACGCAGGAGCAGACCAUCGCCGACGACUUGGUGGUCACCAAGUAUAAGAUGGGGGCCGAGAUUGCAAAUCAGGCUCUGAAGACCGUGGUUGGGGCAGCUAUGCCUGGAGUCUCAGUGCUCAGCCUGUGUGUAAAGGGAGAUGCCUUCAUCAUGGCAGAAACUGGGAAAAUCUUCAAGAAGGAAAAAGACAUGAAGAAAGGUAUUGCUUUUCCUACUUGUGUGUCAGUUAACAACUGCGUAUGCCAUCACUCCCCUCUGAAGAGUGAUGCUGAUGUCAUGCUGAAGGACGGGGACCUUGUCAAAAUUGACUUGGGUGUGCACGUUGAUGGCUUCAUCUCAAAUGUGGCUCACAGCUUAGUUGUUGGAGUGACCAAGGACAACCCGCUGACUGGACGGAAGGCUGACGUUAUCAAAGCAGCUCACCUCUGUGCUGAGGCUGCUCUGCGUCUUGUCAAGCCAGGAAAUCAGAACGCACAGGUCACAGAAGCCUGGAACAAGAUUGCAAAGUCAUUCAAGUGCUCUCCUAUUGAAGGCAUGCUGUCCCAUCAGCUCAAACAACAUGUGAUUGAUGGUGAGAAAACUAUCAUCCAAAAUCCAACGGACCAGCAAAAAAAGGACCAUGAGAAGGCUGAGUUUGAGGUGCAUGAAGUAUAUGCAGUGGAUGUGCUAAUCAGCACUGGAGAAGGAAAGGCGAAGGAUGGCGGUCAGAGGACCACCGUUUACAAACGAGACCCCAACAAGGUGUACGGCUUAAAGAUGAAGACAUCUCGCACGUUCUUUAGUGAGAUGGAGAGGCGUUUCGAUACAAUGCCUUUCACUCUGAGAGCGUUUGAGGAUGAAGGCAAGGCCAGGUUGGGUGUGGUUGAGUGUGCCAAACAUGAGCUGCUGCAGCCGUUCAAUGUGCUGCAUGAGAAAGAGGGUGAAGUUGUUGCCCAGUUUAAGUUCACCGUGUUGCUCAUGGCCAAUGGACCUCUGCGAAUCACAAACAGCCUCUUUGAGCCAGAACUCUACAAGUCUGAGCAUGAAGUGGAGGACCCAGAGCUGAAGGCUUUGCUUCAAAGCUCAGCCAGCCGCAAGACUCAGAAGAAGAAGAAAAAGAAGGCUUCAAAGACUGUUGAGAGUGCAACCGGACAGGCAAUGGAGACAGAAGCUGCAGAAUAGAGUUCUCUGACAGACAUCUGAUGACCCAAAGAACAGACACCAUGAAUCCUUCUGUCCCAGCUGUCUGAGGCACUUGCGGGCAUAGCCGCUGUGAAUACCUCCGAAUCUAACUGAUGUCAGUCUGGGAUGAUGCUGCUCCUAAAUUCUGUCACUCCACAUAUAAAACAAACACACACACACAAACACGUACAUUUAUAGUAAUUCUCAUUGCCCUUGAGACAGUCGUCUUCUCUUAACAGUGGACAACAGUUCUGCUACUAAAGCGGAAAUUUUGUGCAAGGGUAUAAUACUCACUGGAUCAUAUAACCAUUUGUUUGACCUUGAGCCUUCGUCCCUUUCUCCACAGUAACUGUAGUGAAAGAUAUGGAAAAUAAAAUGAGUUUGACAGAGCGGCCAAGGAUGAUGAAUGCACAAUACUGUGUCAGCGUAAUUGUGUGGCAUUAAGAUAACUUUUCUGAAAGUCCUAAACCUGAAGCCAUGCCUUUUUGAAAUGAGUUUUAACUUGUCAUGGUCAGAAAUGUGUAACACCUGUCUUGAAACCUGAAGUUACAAGCAUGACAUUGGUCAUUAUUACUGUUGAAUUCAGCAUAAUUGCCGCAUUUAUACAGCUCUCGCUUAGCUCCGUCUGCUAGUGUACACUUCUAGGAAUCUACUGUAGGAUACACUCUAACAAUUUCUAAAACUGACAAUUAAGACCUAGUUGAGUAAUUAAAAUAGCAAAAAAUAAUAAUUUCUCAGUUGUGGAUGGCCUAAUUCCUGCCAAGGGUUCAGCAUUCAGUUUUCUGGUGCCACCAUUGAGUCUGACAGUCUGUGUUUACUUAAGAAUUCCAUACCUGUUAGAUAUAUGGAUGCUUUUGUAAAACAAAUCCCAGUUUCAGAGACUAUUUUUGGAAACAUUAAAAAGCAACCUGACAUCA